ACUUUUGAGAACCAUGCGGUCAUGGUACCAACUGUGCACUGCUGCGCUGCUAUCGUCGCUAGUGUUAGAAGUUCGCGGCAAUGAAGUCAAGAUUAAGGAAGUAAAUCGACAACAAUGCUCGGGCAUGUUCAGCCGCAAGGGCUGGGGUGGAGCUGUAGACCCCUUCAUCCUGACCAAGUUCGUCAAGCCAGAAGACAUACCCGAAGACCAGGAUCCCGUCGUGUCGCUCGUCAUGUUCGAGUGGUCAGAUCGCGAAUACGUCGGCAAAAUCAUGGACGACACAGCCUCGGAUCGCGCAUACAUCUGCGACGCCACCGCCAUCGAAGCCAAGUUCUGCAAUACCACCGAGGAGGGCGAGUUCAUUCUGUCUCAGGACUCGGAAAAGAGCACGAGUUUGAUCAUCACUCAGGCCGUACACCUCAAGAACCCACCCGCUAUCAACUACCCUAUCAAGCGUACUGGAUACUAUUGUGUGGGCACAUAUGGCUAUACGACAGAGAACUACGAAGGCAUCGUUGAGUUCCGUAACAGCUACGGCGAGCUGCCUGCUGCUCAGAUCGCAAAGCUGCCCUUCUACGGCGCUCUUACUCUCGUAUACGCUCUCGCAUCGGCUGGCUGGGCUUUCCUCUACUUCCAGAACCGACAUGAUAUUCUGCCCGUUCAGAACUACAUCACAGCCAUUCUGGUCUUCCUCGUCGUCGAGAUCUUCAUGACAUGGCUUUUCUACGACUUCCAAAACAGACACGGCCUUAGCACAGGCGCAAAAGCAUUACUUAUCGUGGUCUCAGUCCUCUCGGCAGGCAGAAACUCUUUCAGUUUCUUCUUGCUGCUGAUUGUGUGCAUGGGAUAUGGUGUCGUAAAACCUAGCCUGGGCCGUACGAUGAUCUGGGUCCGCUGGCUGGCUAUUACUCACUUUAUCUUCGGUGUGGUCUAUGUCAUCGCCUCAUUGUCUGUGACCCCUGAGAAUGCCGGCCCUCUAGUCUUGCUCGUAGUCUUGCCUCUGGCAGCCACACUCACAGCCUUCUACAUCUGGACGCUUAACUCGCUCAAUGCCACCAUGAAGGAUCUGAUGGAACGCAAACAGACCAUCAAAGCCAUGAUGUACCGCAAACUCUGGUGGUGCAUCCUCGGCUCUAUUGUCGUCAUUUUUGUCUUCUUCUUCGUCAACAGCUGGACUCUUGCUGGUGUCAGCGAUGAGGACUUUGUACCUACCCAUUGGUCCACACGUUGGUUUAUCCUGGACGGUUGGCUUAACCUAGUGUACCUGGCAGACGUUGCAUUCGUUGCCUGGCUCUGGCGCCCAACAGCAAACAACCGCCGCUUCGCCAUGAGUGACGAGGUAUUUUGCCCC